AUGGGCUACGGGCAAAACAGCUGGAUGUUCUUAAUAAUUAUAGAGUUCGCGCCGACGGUGGUACGUUGGAGUUACGUAAAUCUCGCAACCUUAGCAGACCAUAAACGACAAGAAAUGGAAGAUAGAAUUCACAUGUUUACAACAAAAUGUGACAACACCAUUAGGAAUUUGGAAUAUUUAAAAAAACGGGCUCAAAGAUUAAUUACACAACUAAAUUGUGAUCACAUGGAGCUGAAAGAUCGUUUUUUAAAUAGUGUUAAGACAUUAGAAGAAUAUUCAUAUUUAAUAAAUGAUAUUAAUAUAGCUGUAGAAGAAUUAGUUAAUCCCACCAAUCGGGCUGCACGUCCAGGUUUUGGUUUGGUAAAUACCUCCUUGUUACGUCCAUCAAUCUCACCAUUCAAUAUAACAGAUACAUUGUCUGAACCUGUGCCAUCAACUUCAAAAACUUGUUUAAAUCCUCAAGACUGGUCAAAGAAAAAAAACAUACCAAAAGACCAGCUUUUAAUUUCGUUUUCUACUGAGUCUUUGGAAGAAAUAAUAUCAUCUGAACAAAAACAAUGUGAUAGUCAGACUAUUACCGAAGGUGUAAAAAAUAUUACCUUUGAAGGUGAAAAUGUGAUAUUGCCUGCACAAACAGUGUUACAAUUGGAUUUUGAAUACCCCGCUGUAUUAUUACAUGUUGAUGGAACAUCAUUUUGGGUGACUACUGAAAAUAUUGAUGAAGCAUUUAAAUUAAUGACAGACAUGACAGAGUACUAUAAGCAGCACAAGGUACAAUUUUCACUUGACCAAAUGGUACCUUUGUCAUGUUGUGCCGUGUAUGAGGAAACCAAUUCAUAUACCAGAGGACUCUACAUACAACUCAGUGAAGAGGACAUCCGCUAUGCCCAAGUGCAUCUAGUAGACUAUGGGGAAACAAGAUUAGUACCGACCUGUUGGCUUCAGCCUCUGAUGCGUCAAUUCUGUGGCUUGCCACCAUUUGCCCGAUAUUGCCAUCUCGCUGGGGUGGAGGUAGAUUGUGACGAUCCAGUGGCGGUUGGAAAGGUUGAAAAAAUUAUGAAAUCGCAUCUUGGAAGGAAUUGCACAAUCUACGUUGAUGAUAACAAUUCCGAAUCCCUGGGCGUUUACGUAUUUUUGGAAAAUGGAGAAAAAAUCAACGACAUAGUUCUUAAGGAAAUUUCAGACAAUACAAAUAACAGCCAAGAACCGGAUACUUCGGAAGGAUUUCCAGGUCUUACCGAAGAGAACUGUGACAUAACACAAAUACCGGAAUACGAAGAUCCAGUGAUCGCUGUUACGGGUUACCAUAACCGAGAUGAAGCGGACAUUUGCAAGCACUACAAGGGAGGCCCUGAAAAGACAUGCUUCAAGGGGAAACGGUGCACAAAGAAACACGUUGUCAAACACCCAGAUGGCUGGACGUUGGACCGUGUGUUCGUACCGGCCAAUCUAAAGUCUUUGCCGCUGCCCGCUGCUGGAAGCUUUGUACGAGUGGUCGUAUCCCAUGUCCCGCAUUUUGAUCAUUUCUUCGUACAAAUGAUAAACGACACCAAAGAUAUAACGGAGAAAGAGUUCCAACCGCUGACUUCUUUGUCAGCUCUUGUACAGGAUAUGAACUGUGCAGCUACCAUAUCCUCAUAUAGACCACUUAAGAUGAUACCAGCCCCGGGAGAGUUGGUAGCGUCUUUAUAUCCCAUGGAUGGAAAAUGGUACCGCGCGAAGGUUCUUACUUCUACUAAAGCUGAUCGAAAAGUCGAGAUAAAAUACGUGGACUACGGAAACGUAAUAUGGGUGGACGAAGAAUUAUUGCGCGAACUUCAUUCCCGAUUUUGCGUUUUGCCAACUCAGGCUAUGCUAUGUAUUUUGGCUGGCGUUACUAUGAGAAAUCAGGCGGCCACCAAUCUCAUAGCUGCACGAAAUGCCCUCAUCGAUCUAAUACAGGACAAGAGGUUCGAUGCAGAAGUCAUCGCCACUGAUUACGAUAGUAUAACAGUCGCUUUAUACGACGAGAAGGGCAACAACAUUGCCGACCUCCUAGCCUUACAAAAAGUUGUUGAACGCCAGGAAUACAAAAUUGACUACAGUUUAACGGACAGCCGACGUGUCAUAAUUCCUUCCUAG